AUGGGCUGCACUGCUGCUCACCUUGCUGCUCUGCUGCUCUGUGUCUCCAUUAUUGCCGGCGGUGCCAUAGCUGGUAGACAGAAUGGCACCAAUGGCGUGUCGAGGCCGGCUGAGGUGCGCAUCGGUGCGCUCUUCACAUUUGAUUCGGUCAUCGGGAGGGCAGUGAAGCCGGCUAUCGAGCUCGCUGUUGCGGAUGUCAAUGCUGAUCCAACCCUACUCCCCGGGACAAAACUGAGUCUUCUUAUGCAGGACACCAAUUGCAGUUGCUUUGUUGGAACCAUUGAAGCAUUGCAGCUUCUGGCCAAGGAUGUCAUCGCUGUAUUAGGUCCACAAUCAUCCGCAAUUGCUCACAUCAUUUCUCAUGCUGCUAACAAACUCCAAGUCCCACUUAUCUCUUUCGCAGCCUCCGAUCCUACCCUUUCUUCCCUUGAAUACCCUUACUUUGUGAGGGCUACACAAAGUGAUUACUACCAAAUGUCUGCUGUGGCUAGUAUCAUCAGUCAGUAUCAAUGGAGAGAAGUCAUCGCCAUCUAUGUUGAUGAUGACUAUGGCAGAGGCGGCAUCACGGCAUUAGGUGAUGCCCUUGCAAAAAAUAUGGCCAAGAUAGCCUACAAAGCAAAACUGCCACCUCAUGCUGGAAGGACUGCAAUCCAGGAUGUCUUGAUGCAAGUGAAUGAAAUGGAGUCCCGUGUCUAUGUUGUCCAUGUGAACCCUGACUCUGGGAUGACAGUUUUCUCCGCCGCAAAAUCUUUAGGGAUGAUGAAUAGCGGCUAUGUAUGGAUAGCAACAGACUGGCUUUCUGCAGUGAUAGAUUCACCUGCGCAUGUUGAUUCUGAUGCGACAGAACAUACGCAGGGGGUUAUUACUCUCCGGCAACAUGUUGCUGACUCUGGCAUUCAGCAGUCCUUGCUGCCCAAACUGAACAAUCUGACUAGGAAAGGAACCCGUUCGAGCUUCAGUUCUUACACUGCACAUGCUUAUGACUCCGUAUGGUUAGUUGCUCAUGCAGUUGAGCAGUUUCUGAGUGCAGGGAAUGCAGUAUCCUUUUCUGCAAACCAAAAUUUGCAAGCUAUAAAAGGAAGUAGCCUUCAGUUAGAUUCUCUCAGAAUUCUCAACAAUGGAGAUAAAUUACUGGAGAAAGUGUUGCAGGCAAAUUUCACAGGGGUUUCAGGCCAAGUACAAUUUACUUUGGACGGGAAUUUGAUCCAUCCAGCUUAUGACAUCCUGAAUAUCGGUGGUACUGGUUUCAGAACCAUUGGGCAUUGGUCAAACUUUUCUGGUCUCUCAGUUGCUGCUCCAGAAGACUUGCAUUCAGUAUCACUGGACUCUACAACCAAUGAUAUGCAGCUCCAUGAUGUUAUCUGGCCUGGUCAGACUGCUGAGAAACCCCGUGGUUGGGUGUUUCCGUACCAUGGGAAGCUUUUAAGGAUCGGUGUUCCUCUGCGUACAAGCUACAAUGAGUUCGUGAUGCAAGACGAUGGGCCUGAUGGGGUAAAGGGGUUUUCAGUUGAUGUUUUCAAAUCUGCAAUAAGCUUGUUGCCUUACCCUGUGGGAUGCAGUUUUGUUUUAUUUGGAGAUGGUUUGAAAAAUCCGAGCUACAGUGACCUUGUACAAAAGGUGUCCGAAAAUUACUUUGAUGCUGCCAUAGGGGACAUCUCUAUUGUGACAAAUAGAACAAGACUUGUUGAUUUUACUCAGCCAUAUACAGAAUCAGGUCUCAUUAUUGUAGCUCCAGCAAGGGAGAUUGGAUCAAACGCUUGGGCUUUUCUGAAACCAUUCACCUUUCAGAUGUGGUGUGUUCUAGGUUUGCUCUUCCUCUUUGUGGGUACAGUUGUUUGGAUCCUUGAACACCGCACUAAUACUGAGUUCCGCGGAACCCCAAGGCAACAAAUUAUGACAGUAUGCUGGUUUAGCUUUUCAACCAUGUUUUUCGCACACAGAGAGAACACUUCUAGCGCACUUGGCAGAUUUGUGCUCCUUGUGUGGCUCUUUGUUGUGCUCAUUAUUAACUCAAGCUACACGGCAAGCUUGACAUCACUUCUCACUGUUCAGGAGUUAACAUCGGGGAUAAAAGGUCUUGAUAGUUUGAUCUCUAGUUCAAGCGCAAUUGGUUAUCAAGUUGGAUCGUUUGCCAGAAAUUAUCUUGUGGAGGAGCUCAAUAUCGCGGAUUCCCGUCUGGUGCCACUAAACAGCCCAUCUGAUUACGCAAGAGCACUAGAGCUAGGGUCUGGAAAUGGUGGUGUUGCUGCAAUAAUCGAUGAGCUGCCAUACGUUGAGAUCUUCUUGUCAAAGUACUGUAAAUUCAAGACGGUCGGUCAGGUUUUCACAAAAGGUGGAUGGGGAUUUGCAUUUCCAAGAGACUCUCCUCUUGCCGAGGACUUGUCGACAGCAAUCCUUACACUAUCAGAGAACGGCGACCUCCAAAGGAUCCAUGAUGAAUGGUUAAGUGGGAAGAAAGGAUGUGAGUCAGAUGAUAGUGAGCUCGGUUCAAACUCCUUGAACCUGUCAAGCUUCUGGGGCCUGUUUGUGGUGUGUGGCCUUGCAUGUGCCAUUGCUCUCCUGAUUUUCUUCUGGCGAAUAUUGUUUCAGUACAGCAAGUAUAAUAACCAGGUUGAGGUUGAAGCGGCGAUCGUGAACCGGCCAGCGAGGCUAACCAGCAUCAAAUCGCUAAUCUCUUUUGUUGACAAGAGGGAGGAGGAGGUGAAGAAUGCUCUCAAGAAAAAGCCUAAUGGCUCUCAGCAGGCAAGAAUCGGCACUACAGAAGAAGCAUCUACAUUGCCGCUAAUUGACAUCUCAAAAAGAGCAAUUUUAACAUUGCUCAAAAAGAAAUCUCUCUCAGAUUACAACAGUGGACCUGUCCGGCUCUCCCUUGCUUGCUGCAAGGCAAUGAAGGAAUGGAAUUGUACUUGCUGA